AUGGUGAACAACGCCAUAAAGUGCCUGAAGGAGCGCGGAGGGUCGUCGCUGCAGGCCAUCAAGAAGUACGUGAGUGCCAAUUACAAGGUCGACACGGCGAGGCUCUCGCCGUUCAUCAAGAAGUACUUGAAAGGCGCUCCCGGCUCGUUCAAGCUCGUCGGUCUCGCCACCGCGCUGCCGCGUCCGCCGCAUUCGAGACGAUGGCGCCCGGCGAUUCUGCCGCUGCCAAGGGCGAGGCCUCCAAGAAAGCGACUCCGUAGAAGGGGCGAAGCGCAACAACGGUCGCCAAGAAGGCUGGCGGCGGCACCAACACGAAGAAGGUCUCCGCCGUCGACGCGUCUGCGAAGAAGGGAGCAAUGA